CAUUUUGGGCGCUGCGGCGGCUUAUUAAAUAUUAUGAUAAAUAGUCAAAAAGUUUUUCUGCGUGAGAAAAGGAUGUGUGGCGGGAGAGCGUGAGAAAAGACCCGAAUGCGUGCCUGUCACUCUCAACUACCGAACGCUUGUAUGUUGCGGAAGACGUCAUUUCCGUCGUUGCUAUGGUUACAAGUCUUCUGCGAGGACGCGCAGCUUCACUGUAUUGUUGACUGAUAGCUAAAUUAAAAGUAUGAACUCGUGUGAAAGUGAGGACUUGGAAAAGUUCUUGACGAACGUGGACCGUAUAAGUGAGCUGGUGAAGGAGCUGAACUCAGGUGAUGUGGUCACUCAGGAGAAAGCUGUGGAACAGGCAGAUUGCCUGGUUGCCUCUCUGGAAGAAGAAAAAACGAGCAAAAAUCGUAUCAACAGGACAGUUAUUAAUACCAGUCCCGUGUGUGUUGGUAAACAAUGGAAUGCAACUCAUAUGCCCAGUGAAAGUCCAGAGAAUUUUAUGAAAGCUUUAGAAAAGGAUGCAGAGAAGAGAAGAAAGAGGAGACAAGUGAAAGAGAAGGAAGCAAAUGACUUUAAGGAAAAAGGAAACAAAGCAUUUGCCAUGGAAGACUAUGAAUUGGCUUGCAAAAUGUACACAGAAGGUCUAGAAAAGCUUCGUGAUAUGCCAGCCCUUUAUACAAACAGAGCUCAGGCCCUGAUCAAGCUGAAGAAGUAUAAGGAGGCUAUAAGUGACUGUGAAUGGGCCCUGAAGUGCAGUGAUAAGUGUAUUAAGGCAUAUGUCCACAUGGGCAGAGCACAUCUAGGACUGAAAAAUUUUACAGAGUCUAGGCUGUGUUAUAAAAAGAUAUUGGAUAUUGUGCCGGAACGUGAAACCCUUGUGAAAGAUUAUCUGACACAUGUGGAUUCGGAAGAGAAAAAGGCCCUUCAGGAAGAAACAGCACUCAGGGAGUUGAGUGAUGGAAAAAAAGAAGCCGGGGCCAUUCUUGACUUGCUGACAAAGCUGGACAGGCCCAGUGAGCACAACCUAUAUUACUGUGGUGGAUUGGAGCUUCUUACACAAGCCGUUAAAGACAAUACUGGGCAGACUUUAUUCCGAUUAAACAAUGGCUUUAGUGUCAUCACUGGCAAUAAGGAUAUACAGAGCUGUCUUAUGCAGACUUCUAAAGAGCUGCACAGCAUGGAUCUGUGUGUCGCUGUCCUCAGAUUAUGGACAAAGGUUUGCAGUGGAAAUGAGGAAAAUCAACAGCUGUUACUGCAGUGUCUCAGCACAAGAGAACAGCUUGUCCUGUUGUUAACCUCAGCUUCAUUAGCAAUCCAGCAGGAAUGUUUUACUCUAGUCUACAUGUACUGUCAGACCCAGCACGGAAGACGCUUGGUAAUUGAAAACCUCAAUUUGAUCAGAAUGGCAGAGAUCUUGAUGGACAGCGUAUGCAAAGGCGGCAAAUCAAGAACCAUGGCCCUCGGUAUUCUGGAGAACUUGGCUGGAGAAAAUAAAUUUCGGAUCCAGUCUCGAGAGAGCUUUACAAAGGUUUUUGCACCUCCUUUCGAGCAUUUGCUGGAUAAUGUCGCGGCAUCCAGCCAAGGCUUUCUGCCGUGCUUAAUUUCUGUGAUCGGGGCCAUGUCUGUGGAUGAAGUCAUUAUUAACAAGCUGGCGAGCCGUGAAGAGUUUUGGAAGAGCUCGUUCUCUGCCAUGGGGCAGUGUGCUAGCUGUGAAUACAGACGUAUUCUCUAUCCUCUCCUCGGUCUGAUGAUCAACGUAGCCUCUAAUCAAGCUUCAGUCAUUCAAGAAUAUGCUGUUGUGGGAUGUAAAAGAUGUGUGGCUCUGCUCAGUGAUCCUGAUGGUGGCAUCAUCACGAGAGCAGCUGGAUUGCUAAGUGUGAUUCUACCAAAAUCAGCUGCUGCCACUGAAGAAGUUAUGAAGCAAGGUGUAGUAAAGAAACUGCUCAAGAUUCUCAAGGUUGAAGGGCAGACAAGCUCGAGAUACUCAAUUAAAGCUAUGGCAGUGUGCACUGCCUCCAGCCAGAAGGCCUGUGAAGAACUACUGAAGCUUGACAAGAGGCUGGUGACCAUGAGGAAGCUCCUGGGCAGCAGUGAUGAGUUACUGGUAGGGAAUGCCGCUCUAUGUCUUGGACACUGUCUGGCGGUGCAGGGAGCCGCAACCAGUCUCUUGGGCACAGAUUGCGUGAUGCUCCUGCUGCGGCAUGCAGCUGGAAAAUCUAAGCGAGUUGACGUUCAGAAGAACGCUGCCAUCACACUGGGAAAACUGUGCAGAGUUGAGCCCAGGCACACAGAGAGGCUCAGGGAACUCAAUGGUCUGGAGAUCCUUCACUCUUGUAUGAAAUUGUGCCAGGAAACGGGGGUGUCUUCACAGGAGCAGAUUAAGAGCCAAAGUAGGGAUAACAUAUAAAGUUGGUUUAUUAGGAAAAAUAACAAUGGUCACAUUCUCAAUAGGCAAGAUGUAAGGCCGCAUCCUCCACGGGAAAACAGGAAGUAAAGCGCUGUCCCCCACAGGAACAAGUGAGGAGCGAAGCCCACCAAAGAAACCAAGAAAUCCAGGAAAAAACAAUCCCGAAAGGCUAGAAAGAGUAAUCAAACAUUGCUCCACAAAUGUUAAAUGCCAGGUUUAUGGUUAUCCUGCUGGGUCUAUGUCUGGCUGAGUCCUUCUGUCAGGAAACGGGGGGGUUUCACUGGACCAGAUUAAGAGCCAAAAGCAGGCAUAACAUUAAAAUGCAGUUUAUUAGGAAAAAUAGCAAAGGCUACAAACACUAGGAACACAGAAACACAAAAUAAAUAAACAAGAUAACAGAUAAACAAAAACCUUCCAGAAUGUCCUCUAGUGUCCAGGCAGGUAAUUGUUCAUGCCAUUGCUGACAAAUUUGUAGUACACAAAUUUGUAGUACAAAUUUGUUGGAUUAGUUCCCGGAAAAUCAACAAUCUUCCUGAACAUAAAGUGAAAAAUUUACACAGGACUAUCUUUAUUAUUCAGUUCUUCCGGUAUUUAUUUUAAUUAAACAACACUGACACUGGUGUGCCAGAUUACAUGAA